UCCUGCAGGCGGGUUCUCCGCACCCUAUAUAUCGCGGGGCUCCGUCUGUGGGGUUUACCGAGGGAGCAGAGCACCGAGAGCCCAGUGCAGACCAGACAGCCGCCUCGCCAUGAAGAUCACAGGAGCCGUUCUGCUCUUCUCUCUGGCCUUUUCCUGCCUCUACUUGGAUGCUGCUGGCCAGGAUGAGGAGGAUAUGUGCAGUAUGUACGACUACCCUCCAGAAUACUGCUCUCCUGUGUACAGCCCUAUCUGUGCAACCGAUGGCACCACGUACGGCAACGAAUGCGAAUUUUGCGCUGCCUACUUGACAGACCCAGAGUAUGUUGCCUUUGCAUAUUAUGGCGAAUGUUACCCAUAUGAUGAUGCGGUCGUAGCCAGAACUGAACUUUAGAUGCUCGCUGCCACGCCCAGAACCCUGCACGGAGCCGCUUCUCAUCCCACCUCCACGGCCUGGCCCCCGGUAGCGUCGCUGCCCAUCCCCCUGCCCGCGCAAUAAAGGAAACUCCGCACAA